AACCACCGCUUUCUUUUCCCCUCCCAUCGGCCCACCCUCACCGGGGCCCCAAUGCAAUCCGAUGCGUCCCCGGUAAGGUUCCGCCGCUGCGCUACAUUGUGCCCUCUCUUGUUUCGGGAGCCUCCACCCACUGGCCCACCCUACAUUUAGCACAUCAUGUGACCCGGGACAUUAACACAUUGGAAGCAGAAUGUUAAUGCUUGAUGGGAUGCCUGCAGUCAGAGUCAAAACAGAGCUGCUGGAAUCGGAACAAGGCUCUCCAAACGCUCACAGUUACCCAGAUAUGGAAGCUGUACCCCUUUUGCUGAACAGCAUGAAGGCAGAUCCGGAAGAAGACUCCCUGUCCACAGACCAUUUCCAAACGCAAACUGAGCCAGUGGACUUGUCGAUAAACAAGGCCCGGUCGUCCCCCGUCGCUGCGUCGUCUUCUCCUGUGUCCAUCACCGCCUCGGCAUCUUCUCCUUCUUCCACUUCGACAUCCUCCAGUCGGCCAGCUUCGUCACCCACAGUAAUAACGUCCGUCUCUUCAGCGUCUUCUGUGCCGUCAGUAUUAACGCCAGGCCCGCUUGUGGCAUCUGCGUCAGGCGUUGGAGGGCAGCAGUUUUUGCACAUAAUCCACCCGGUACCCCCGUCCAGCCCCAUGAACCUACAGACCAACAAAAUGAGUCACGUACACCGCAUCCCAGUUGUGGUGCAGUCGGUACCCGUGGUCUACACAGCGGUGAGAUCACCAGGGAAUGUGAACAACACUAUCGUCGUACCGCUACUGGAGGACGGGAGAAGUCAUGUCAAAGCACAAAUGGACCCACGUGGCCUAUCUCCCAGACAAAUUAAAAGUGACAGUGAUGACGACGACCUGCCAAAUGUGACCUUGGAUAGUGUUAAUGAAACUGGAUCCACAGCCCUCUCUAUAGCCAGAGCUGUUCAAGAAGAGAGCAUGUGGGGCUGUGCCAGGUCAGCUGUUAACACUUUUCGUUUUUUCAACUCCAGUUCAAUUUCGCCGUUUAGUAUUGAGAGCACAAGGCGCCAGAGAAGGUCCGAAUCGCCCGACUCUAGAAAGCGCCGCAUCCACAGAUGUGAUUUUGAAGGGUGCAACAAGGUGUACACGAAAAGCUCCCACCUGAAGGCUCACCGGAGGACGCACACAGGAGAGAAACCGUACAAGUGUACCUGGGAGGGCUGCACCUGGAAGUUUGCCCGUUCAGACGAACUGACGAGGCACUACCGCAAACACACGGGAGUGAAGCCCUUCAAGUGCGCAGACUGUGAUAGAAGCUUUUCUCGUUCGGAUCACUUGGCGUUGCACCGCCGAAGGCACAUGCUUGUCUGAAAAAGGCUACAUUGUCCCCUCUCCCCACCAAAAAAAAAAGAA